CAGCCCGGGGCACGAACAAAUCUCAGGCUUUACUUUUUCCGCGGCUAUUGGGUUUUCCGUUGGGACGGGCCCCCACAUUGACCACGUACGCUUGGCCGGCCGGUCCAUCUCCCCGAGCCGGAGGGAGCGAGAAGCUUCUAGAAGAUUCGCGGCGAUCAAGCAAGCAAGCACUGCAGCACGACAUGGUGGUGCUGCACGUCAAGUCGACGACGACCUCUUCCUCGUCGUCGCCGGAGGAGAUGGAGAUGGAGUUCCUGCACGAGUGCGCCGCCGCCGCGGCCGUCGCGGACGUGGCGGCCGCGCUCGCGGGCACCGCCGGCCUCCAGGCCCGCCUCCUCUCCCUCUGCCGCCGCCUCCGAGAUAGGUGCCCGGAUGGGAGUGCCGGCGGCGGUGAGCUGGAGAGGGCUCUGUCGGAGGCCGAGGCCUACGCUUCCAAGGAACAAGUGCGGCAUAACAAAUUCCUGUCCCCUCGUGCUCUAAGAGAACAUAUCAAGAUCAUUGAAAAGAUAGCUGCUAAUGCUCUACAUGAGUCUUCGGAGGCAUUGUGUCUGCAACAGCCAAAAUUAGAUGAAAAGCAUGACAAGGUACCACUUUGGUGGGCUGGAAAAGAGCUAGCCAUGGACAAGAAGCUAUCUGACUAUAUUGGAGUUAAUGACAAAACAAAGAUUGUCGUCAUCCUGAAGCGCCCAAUGAGCCUUUGAGAGUGCUCCUGUCCUAUGUUGAUAUUGCAUGGUUUUUCCUUUGUAGUAGUUUAUGCAAGUAUGCAAAUUAUCCCCUUGUAAGCUGGUUUUCAUUUGCAUGAGAAAACAAGCAAUGUCCUGUUCUCAGAUGAAUGUACCAUGUACCAAUUGACAAGUAUAAACAGCUUAAAAUCAUGACAGUAUAAUAAUUGGCUUCUGCUUAUUAUAAUAUUCAA